AUCCAGACUACGUACAAUAGUCACGCCAAGCACAGCUACAUAUAAUCCAAGAUGCGAGCGCAGAUAACUAUCUUCCUCGCCAUCGCGGCUUUCGUUUCGACUGCCUGGGCAGCGUCUGGUCCUGCCGCAACUCCGCCCGCUGAUCCUGCUACUCCUCCGGCCACUGAUCCUGCCACUCCUCCGGCUACUGAUCCUGCCACUCCUCCGGCCACUGAUCCCGCCACGCCCACUACUACUCCCGCUACUCCCUCGGCAUCCGAUAGCAGCACCACCGCACCCACCACCGUGGCUCCCACCACCAAGAAACCAAGUGGGAAAAAGAAGAAGACCAUUGUCCACCACAAAAGUAAAGUCCGCAAGUCGGGCAGACGCCGCACGAUCCGCCACUCACGUGGAGGCAGGAACAGCGACCGCAAGAAGAGAUCCCGACGAAACUAAAGUAGAAACCCAAUCGCGAAUCCCCCAGGCAUAACAGAUUUGGCCAGACAUGUCUUGACUUUUGCUCCCGUGCUCUUCAUUUCCUAUUAUUCUUAUUUUUAUAUUACCCCCAAGAUUAAAUGACGCUUUGAUAUUCUCAAAA